UUUUCACUUCACUAACCUAGCUAGCUUGCUUGGAUUUGGAUUUAAUUCUCAUCGAAUUUCUAGUCGCGCGCACGCGACGCGACCGGCUAAUAAAUAUUUCAAUUUACUAUUUAGGGGUCCUAGAUAAUUAAAAUACGAAUGAUAAAGUGAAGUGAAGUGAACAUUGGGCGUUUUUUUAUGAUGUCAAUUAUAGCAAUUACUGGAUAUCCUCAUUGUAUCACUCUGAAUCAGGCGGUUACAAGUCUCACGAAAACUGUUAAGGGACAAUUCGAAGCGCUCAACUUCGAUCUGAAGGGCGGAUAUAAAAGGCCGAAGACUUUAUACAUAAGGGUGUCAGAGAAGUUGGAUCCCCAAUUUGUGUUGGAGAGAUUGAAGACAUUACGGUUAGACGUAACGAAAGGCUACGCAAAACUACGCAUAGGCAAUUACAAACUACGUGCUUAUUUACCGGAUAUAGUGCCUGAUUUACCUCUCGCAAUGAAAAGGAAAACGCCUGCCAAGAAACACCUAAGUGUGUUAAUGAAACAGAAGUCUAUUGACAAGCCAGAAGAUAUUAUGGCGCUAGCACAUGAAGAAAUCAUGAACGAGAUGCAGUACAAGUACACAGGGCUAUAUGAACUGAGCAAGAAGAACGGACACACGUUAUUGGAAGAGAUCACACAUACGAUCUUCGAACGCUUAAAACUAAUAAUGGACACGAACCCAGUAGGUUCUGCGACCAUAUUCAAGUUGACCCAGUCGUACCGUCGAGCUCACCCGCAUUUCGGGGACUUUCAGCUGAUCUUGUCCACUUUGCAAAAGGUGCAGGACUUAGCUGGAACACCUAGGACACAAAUCACUGAACAGGAUAUCUGUGUCGUCAGUACUCAACCGUGCCCUAUCGGCAACAUCCCGUACAAGAAAGUGAAGUCAGCUUGCUCCAAAUACUCAGACGUGAUCAUAAAGAAGGUGACGGAACAUGUGGAGCAAUUGCAAUGUGUCAUCCAAGAGACGGACACAGAGGAACAAAUCGCAAGGAAAAAGGUGCGGGCGGAACUCAAAAAACUAGCGCCUUAUAUGUCCACGAUAAUUCGAGAAGUGAUAACUGACAAUUUCGUUCCAGAAAGAUCUCCUUAUCAUAGGUUCAGAUGUCCACAUACGAAGUUCACGACAACCUUGCAUCCCACGGAGUCACGGAGGGCUGCAGCCGAUGCCGAGUGUUUGUUGCAGAUAUACGGGGAGCCGUUCCUCCCGAACAAGGACAUGAUGUCGCCGUUCCUGAAGCGCUACCGGCCCGCGGGCGUCGCGCGCUCCCGGCGCAUGUACAACCUGCUCAGGCUGCACAUCGCGCCGUCGCACUGCGGCAGCGUCCUGGCCAUGGACGGCACUCUUGUGGGUGGAGCCAAACUGGUGAUUCGUCCGUCAGACCAGCCGCUGUACAAGCGCGACAGCUUCGUGCAGGAGAUGAAGGCCGCCGUCAAGCAGGGGUAUAAACCCGGCCCGCAGAUACAAGAGAAACUUAAAGAGGCCCCGGAAGAUUGGAACGAGCCGUGGGAAUAACGGGAAUGCGUGAUUUGAUUAAUUAACUAUAGAAUAAAAAAAUAAAUAAAAUAUUUAUUUACAUGACA